GUCCGCCGCCCGCGCUCGCGCCCGCUGCCCGCAGCCGGAGCCGCACCCGCCGCGGACGGAGCCCAUGCACCCGGGGAGCCGCGCGCCCCGGCCCCCUCCCCCGCCCGCGCCGGCCCCGGGGGCAGUCGCACCAGUGAGCGGCGGGACAGAGGACCACCACAGUGCCGGGUGCUGCAGCGCGUCCAGGAGCCAUGACGGAGUAUAAGCUCGUGGUGGUGGGUGCUGGGGGCGUGGGGAAGAGCGCCCUGACCAUCCAGCUCAUCCAGAACCACUUCGUGGACGAGUAUGACCCCACCAUCGAGGACUCCUACCGGAAGCAGGUGGUCAUCGACGGGGAGACGUGUCUGCUGGACAUCCUGGACACGGCGGGCCAGGAGGAGUACAGCGCCAUGCGGGACCAGUACAUGCGCACCGGCGAGGGCUUCCUCUGCGUGUUUGCCAUCAACAACACCAAGUCCUUCGAGGACAUUCACCAGUACCGGGAGCAGAUCAAGAGGGUGAAGGACUCGGAUGACGUGCCCAUGGUGCUGGUGGGGAACAAGUGUGACCUGGCCGCCCGCACGGUGGAGUCUCGGCAGGCACAGGACCUCGCCCGCAGCUACGGCAUCCCCUACAUCGAGACCUCGGCCAAGACGCGCCAGGGCGUGGAGGACGCCUUCUACACGCUGGUGCGCGAGAUCCGGCAGCACAAGGUGCGCAAGCUGAGCCCUCCGGACGAGGGCGGCGCCGGCUGCAUGAGCUGCAAGUGCCUGCUGUCCUGAUGGCCGCGGCCGCCUGCACCGGCGUGGGCCCCCGAGGCGCCGGGCGCUAGGAGGACGGGAAGGAAGGCAGGAAGUGCCGCCGGAGCCCGGCCAGCACGGGGUCGGUCGAUGGACAGAGUGACCGCGGACCUCCCAGGACACUGUGCACAGACUGGCGUGAACUGAGGCCGCCGGCACCCCCGCGUGCCUCUGCGUGCGGCCCCGUCCCGGCCCCCGGGGCGCGGGCUCGACUGCAGUAAAUUAUUGGAUGGUCUUGA